AUGCACAGAAACCCGACAAACACGUCGGACAGAAAUCCACAACCGACUCGGCACUUUGUCGUACUGUUCACAGUCAUGGGUGUGGCUAUUCCUCUGACCGUAAUCACUUUAAUCGCCGGUAUCAUAUUACUCAUCACCAACUGCCGAUCCUAUCGAAACGACCAACGUUUGCGCUGGCCCCAGAACAAACGUCCGCAAUCAGGUUUGCAUCGGCCGGCCGAGAACUGCAACACAAAACGUUAUUUAGCUGAUACAGACUGUGAGCGCAGCCUGGUUCCAUCAACCAAUAUCAAAAACAAAAAGCUAUUUUAUACAGGCUUGUUAAAUUCACCAAAAUCAGAUCAUGCAACAUCGCAAACUGGCUUAGAUCCAUGGCAUGAAACACUACGGAACAAAAAACCAACCACAUUCGUGAGUCGGGAACAUCCAUUUGGUUACCGUCGGUCUGAAAAGAAUAAAACUGAAUGGAAUGAUGAAGGGGAACCAAAAAACGGUGCAACCGCCCUAUUCAAAUUAAUAGACAAUCCUACUGGCACGGAAUCUCCACGAUGUCAAUAUAGCUGCAUUCAUGCGACACACGCAAUGCAUUCAACUGUAAUCUGCCAGAUGCCUUAUAUCGAUCAAUCUGUGAUCAAUACGCUCACUUUGCUUUCAUCCCCGCGAACAUCAUCACCACCCCCGCCCUAUGAACAGGGGGAACAAUUUGUAGAGGCUCCGUACAACCACUGCUAUUCGAAUUCGUGA